AGAGGGGCCCGGCGGGGAGGGCGGCGAGCUGCCCCGCGAGCGAGGGGGGCUUCCCUCGCGGAGGGCGGAGGGGCCGUUGUCCCGAAUUGGGGAGUGGGCCUGCUCUCCCUCUAGGCCUCAACUUGAGGUAACGGAGUGCCUCACAUUGGAAACAAAAACAAACAAAACAAAAAAGAGGCCCAUAUUGGCCUCCGCCGUUAUUAUUUGUGUUAAAAAAACGCGGGUCUUUUUCUGCGCCUCAUUCAAAGAGGCCUUGCUUCUUUCCUAUCCCCACCGCCUCCCCUCAAAAGCGAAGGUGGUAUCGCCCUUGUGUAUACCUUUGCCUCGAAGGCGGGAGAGUCCACUGAGCGCGUAGGGAGAGGGGGUACAUUGGCUUUGCUCGCAUCCAACCCCCCCUGAAAAGUGAAGGUGGUGUCGCCCUUGUGUGUACUUUUGCCUCGAAGGCGGGAGAGUCCACUAAGCGCGCGCGGGGAGGGGGGGUGCAUUGACCAGGCCUCCUGCUCUGAGAGGGAGGAGGAGGAGGCGCUUCCCAUGGCGGCGGCCUCUCCCAUUGUCCCUCGCGGGGGAUCCCCAACAGGUGCCGGCUCCGGCCUGGGCCUCCUGCAGCCCCGCUGGAAGCGGGUGGUGGGCUGGUCGGGCCCGGUCCCGAGACCCCGCCAUGGGCACCGCGCCGUGGCCAUCAAGGAGCUCAUCGUGGUCUUCGGAGGCGGCAACGAGGGCAUCGUGGACGAGCUGCACGUCUAUAACACCGCUACAAACCAGUGGUUCAUCCCAGCUGUGCGGGGAGAUAUCCCACCUGGCUGUGCGGCCUAUGGCUUUGUUUGUGAUGGGACACGUCUGUUGGUGUUUGGUGGGAUGGUGGAGUAUGGCAAGUACAGCAAUGACCUCUAUGAACUUCAGGCCAGCCGUUGGGAAUGGAAGCGGUUGAAGGCCAAAACUCCCAAGAAUGGCCCUCCACCUUGCCCACGCCUUGGUCACAGCUUCUCAUUGGUGGGCAACAAGUGCUACCUAUUUGGGGGGCUGGCGAAUGACAGUGAAGACCCCAAGAAUAACAUCCCCAGAUACCUGAAUGACCUCUAUAUCUUGGAGCUGCGCCCAGGUUCUGGUGUGGUGGCUUGGGACAUCCCUAUCACAUAUGGUGUUCUGCCUCCACCGCGAGAGUCCCACACUGCUGUGGUAUACACGGAAAAGGAUAACAAAAAAUCCAAGCUGGUCAUAUAUGGUGGCAUGAGCGGUUGUCGUCUUGGCGACCUCUGGACGCUUGAUAUUGAUUCUCUGACGUGGAACAAGCCCACUUUGAGUGGAGUGGCUCCCCUUCCCCGCAGCCUGCAUUCAGCUACAACCAUUGGGAACAAGAUGUAUGUAUUUGGGGGCUGGGUGCCCCUUGUCAUGGAUGAUGUCAAAGUGGCCACACAUGAAAAAGAAUGGAAAUGCACAAAUACUUUGGCCUGCCUCAAUCUUGAUUCUAUGGCUUGGGAGCCCAUUUUGAUGGACACUUUGGAGGAUAAUAUCCCACGGGCACGAGCUGGGCACUGUGCUGUGGCUAUCAACACUCGCUUGUAUAUCUGGAGUGGCCGUGAUGGCUACCGCAAAGCUUGGAAUAACCAGGUUUGCUGCAAGGAUCUCUGGUACCUUGAGACAGAGAAACCUCCCUCGCCUUCUCGGGUGCAGCUGGUCCGUGCCAACACCAACUCCUUGGAAGUGAGCUGGGGUUCUGUCCCGACGGCUGACACUUAUUUGCUCCAGCUGCAGAAGUACGACAUCCCAGCUGCCACCUCGCCGGCUGCCAACCCUGUGCCCUCAGUGCCUGUCAAUCCUCCCAAGAGCCCUGCUCCAGCUGCGGCAGCUCCUGUUGCUGCCGUGCAGCCCCUGGCACAAAUGGGCAUCACCCUCCUGCCCCAGACCACAGCUGUUGCCGCUGCUGCCGCCGCCGCCACUGCCGCCGCUCCUGCCCCACCUACCACAACCACCAUCCAGGUGCUGCCUACCGUGCCUAGCAGCCCUAUGCCAGUGCCUGCUCCUGUCGCCGCCGCCAUUGCCACCCCUCGUCCACAAGUAGCGGUCCCAGCCAUGCUGAAGGUCACAGGCCCACAGGCGACCACUGGGGCGCCACUGGUGACAGUACGAUCUGCAGGGCAGCCUGGGAAGGGCCCAAUGACAGUGACUUCAUUGCCAGCCGGAGUGCGCAUGGUGGUGCCCACACAGAACACGCAGGGGACGGUUCUUUCUUCUCGUCUUCAGGUGAUUGGCAGCAGUCCCCAGAUGAGUGGCAUGGCUGCUUUGGCAGCUGCGGCUGCUGCCACACAGAAAAUUCCACCAUCCUCUACCCCAACUGUUCUCAGUAUGCCUGCGGGCACUACCAUAGUGAAAACUGUUGCUGUCUCUCCGGGCACCACCUCGCUGCCAACCACAGUUAAGAUGGCUUCUUCUCCAGUCAUGGUCAGCAACCCAGCAACCCGAAUGCUGAAAACUGCCGCUGCCCAGGUUGGCACCUCCGUCUCCCCGUCCACCGCCAAUACACCUAACCGUCCCAUCAUUACCGUGCACAAGUCGGGAACUGUUACUGUAGCACAGCAGGCCCAGGUGAUGACCACAGUGGUGGGUGGUGUGACAAAGACCAUCACAUUGGUGAAGAGCCCCAUCUCAGUGCCUGGUGGCAGCGCAUUGAUUUCCAACUUGGGUAAGGUGAUGUCUGUUGUCCAAACAAAGCCGGUUCAGACAUCAGCUGUGACAGGUCAGGCAUCAACUGGCCCUGUGACCCAGAUAAUCCAGACCAAAGGGCCCCUGCCUGCUGGCACUAUCCUGAAGCUGGUGACCUCAGCAGAUGGCAAGCCCACCACAAUCAUCACCAGCUCCCAAGCAGGAGGCACAGGCACCAAACCCACCAUCCUGGGUAUUAGCAGUGUCUCUCCCAACACAACCAAACCUGGCACCACCACAAUCAUCAAGACCAUCCCCAUGUCGGCCAUUAUUACCCAAUCAGGUGCCACAGGUGUUACCAGUAGUCCUGGAAUCAAGUCUCCCAUCACCAUCAUCACAACAAAAGUGAUGACAUCUGGCACUGGCACGCCUGCAAAGAUCAUCACAGCAGUACCUAAACUGACCACAGGUCAUGGGCAGCAGGGUGUAACGCAGGUGGUGCUUAAAGGAGCACCAGGUCAGCCUGGCACUAUCUUGCGAACUGUCCCCAUGAGUGGAAUGCGCCUAGUCACGCCUGUUACUGUGUCUGCUGUGAAGCCCACUGUUACCACUUUGGUUGUCAAAGGGACUACAGGUGUAACGACCUUAGGCACUGUAACAGGCACAGUCUCAACCAGCCUAGCUGGGACUGGGGGCCACAAUACCAAUGCUUCUUUGGCUACCCCCAUUACCACUUUAGGGACAAUUGCCACGCUUUCCAGUCAGGUCAUCAACCCAGCUGCCAUCACUGUCUCCGCAGCUCAGACCACCUUGACAGCAGCAGGAGGCCUGAGCACACCCACCAUCACCAUGCAGCCUGUCUCCCAGCCCACUCAAGUCACACUGAUCACAACGCCAAGUGGUGUAGAGGCCCAGCCGGUACAUGACUUGCCUGUUUCUAUUUUGGCCUCGCCUACCACAGAGCAGCCCACGGCCACCGUCACUAUUGCGGAAUCAGGGCAGGGAGACCCACAGCCGGGCACGGUCACUUUGGUGUGUUCCAAUCCGCCCUGCGAGACGCACGACACUGGCACCACCAACACAGCCACCACAACUGUCGUGGGCACUUUGGGUGGGCAAGCCCAAUUGCAGUUUGUCUGCGAUGGGCAAGAUGGCAGCGGGCUUCAGGCCAACGGGAGAGUGGUGAGGGUCUGCUCCAACCCGCCUUGCGAAACCCAUGAGACGGGAACCACCAACACAGCCACCACUGUGCUGAGCGCCGUUCAGAAAGUGUGCUCCAACCCACCCUGCGAAACUCAUGAGACGGGUACCACAAAUACAGCAAGCACCUCUAAAUCAGAGAAGGCACCCACGGAUCCACCAUGUCAAACGUUCCAGACGAGUUCGACUGGCACCACCAUGACUGUGAAGCCCAUUGUGGGCACCAGUCAGCGAGUGUGCUCCAAUCCACCCUGUGAAACUCAUGAGACAGGCACCACCAACACAGCCACCACUGCCACCUCCAACAUGGGCCGGGGGCAACCUGAUGGUGGACAGACGGAACCAGCGAACAAUCCGUGCCAAACAAAGCAGACUACUACCACCAGCACUACCAUGUCGGCAAAAGCAGACGUUGCAACAGAGCAGCCCUGCACGGUCCGAAUGGUGAGCUUUGGGUCAGAUGCUGGCACACCCAGUGUGGCCUCUGCCACCUCUGCAGCUCAGCCCAGUGAAAGACUACCAGCCCCCAAAAACCUCAAGUGUGAAUCCCACCAUACCCACACCACCAACACUGCCACAACGGCUCGGUCUCUCAUGGGCCGAGGGCAGCCUGAUGGCGAGUGGGUAGGAUCUGCCAACCCUCCGUGCCAAACGCAGCAGACGUGUUCCACCAGCACCACCAUGUCUGCCAAAGCUGAUGUGCCUACAAAGCAGCCGUGUACAGUGCAGAUGGUAUCCCCAGAUGGGGAUCAAACACCAGCCCCGUUGAGCACACCUCGCACAGCCCUCAAAGUGGACGCCAAGAACACAAGCCCACAGGUGUGUUCUAAUCCACCCUGUGAGACUCAUGAAACAGGCACCACUAACACCUCAACCGUUGCUUCGUCAAACAUGGAUGCCACCCAGCGGGUCUGUUCCAAUCCGCCCUGUGAGACUCAUGAAACAGGCACCACCAACACAUCCACCACAGCCACCUCCAGUAUGGCUGCAGGGCAGCAAGUGUGCUCCAACCCACCCUGUGAGACCCAUGAAACGGGCACCACCAACACAGCCACAAACACCACCUCCAACAUGGGUGCUGGGCAGAAUGAGGGUGCUGGGCAGGGUCAAAGUACCCAGCAGGCGCCUGUUACUCAACCUUGUGAGACACAGCAGACAAGCUCCACUGGCACAACAAUGACAACCAGCAUUGACGGGGAUAGCACUCAGGUUUCCAGCUCAGUCCUGGCGCAGAGUGGGGCUUCAGAAUCAGGAAAGGGCCCCGAGGGAGAGGCUCCUGGCCCUGAUGGCUUACCGCCCCAGAGUCCAACUCCCAGAGUGUGUUCCAACCCUCCUUGUGAGACCCAUGAGACGGGCACAACUCACACCGCCACCACUGUCACCUCUUCCAUGGGAACCAACCAAGACCAGCCGCCUGCCACCAAUGGCCAGCAGGGGGAGCCGGAGACAUCGGCGAGCGAGAGCACGGCCGCCAGCAGUCCCAGCACUGCCCCCGCCGCCGCCACCGUUCCCUCCACGCAGACCAGGGCUGUCACCACCGUGACCCAGUCCAUGCCUCCACCAGGGCCCUCAGUGCCGAACAUCUCUUCGUUGUCCGAUGCUCCUACAGAGGAGGCGGUUCCCCCUGCUGAAACCCCAGCAGCUACCAGCACAGAUGACCUCCCAAAGCCUCCUGAACCAUUGCACCCUUCUGUGGGUGUACAGGAGCCAGCGGCAGUGGCCCCCGAGCCUCAGGAGCAAGUCCAAGCCCCCUCUGUCAGCCCUCCACUGGCAGAAGUUCCUCCUGUUGAAGCUGCUCCCCAGCCAGAUCUCCCAGUUCCUAUGGAGGAGACACCACCAGUGCCGCCUGUUCAGGAGCCUGUGGCAAUGGUGGUACUACCCCAAGCCACCACCGCUCCUCCUCCUCCCCCUCCCCCCUCAGAGGUGGAGCAAUUGGCCCUGCCCCAAGAGCUGAUGGCUGAGAGUCAAGCAGGUGCCACCACCCUCAUGGUGACAGGGCUGACACCGGAGGAGUUGGCCGUCACUGCGGCUGCAGAGGCUGCUGCCCAAGCCGCGGCCACCGAAGAGGCACAAGCCCUGGCAAUACAGGCAGUUCUGCAAGCUGCUCAGCAAGCUGUCAUGGGUUCUGGAGAAGCCAUGGAUACAUCUGAGACGGCAACAGCACAGGCAGAGCUACGUCACUUAGCCUCAGGGGCUUCAGAGAACCAGACCACCGCCAUCCCGAUUGUCCUCACACAGCAAGAACUGGCUGCCCUUGUCCAACAGCAGCACCAACUCCAGGAGGCUCAGGCAGCGGCUGCGGCAGCAGCCGCGGCUGCUGCAGCUCAGCAACAUCAACCUCAGCACCCACUGCCUUCCCAUCUGCCCACAGAAGCCCUGGCCCCUGCAGAUAGCCUCAAUGACCCAGCCAGCGAAAGCAAUGGCCUGAAUGAGCUGGCAAGCGCUGUCACCAGCACAGUUGGGCUCUUGCCCCCGACGCCUACAGAAAGCCUUGCUCCAUCAAAUACUUUUGUAGCCCCACAACCUGUGGUGGUGGCCAGCCCAGCAAAACUACAGGCAGCUGCUGCUUUGGCAGAGGUUGCUAAUGGCAUUGAACCAGCUCCAGUGAAACCUGAACCUCCUGCACAGCCUCCAAAGGUGGUUGUGAAGAAAGAAAACCAAUGGUUUGAUGUGGGUAUUGUCAAGGCAACCAACAUGAUGGUAACCCACUACUUCCUGCCUGCUGAUGAUGCACUUCUCGCAGAUGAUGACUCUGGCACCGUACCUGAUUAUUCUCAACUCAAGAAGCAGGAGUUGCAGCCUGGAACGGCUUACAAAUUCCGAGUAGCAGGAAUCAAUGCCUGCGGCCGAGGCCCCUUCAGCGAAAUCUCCGCAUUCAAGACCUGUCUGCCUGGCUUCCCUGGAGCCCCCUGUGCCAUUAAAAUCAGUAAGAGUCCGGAUGGAGCCCACCUGACUUGGGAGCCCCCUUCGGUCACCUCUGGGAAGAUCACGGAGUACUCGGUGUACUUGGCCAUCCAGAGCGCCCAAGCAGGAGAGCCCAAAAGUGCAGCCCCAGCCCAGCUGGCCUUCAUGCGGGUUUACUGUGGGCCCAGUCCCUCAUGCCUGGUGCAGUCAGCUAGUCUUUCCAAUGCCCACAUAGACUACACCACCAAGCCUGCCAUCAUUUUCCGCAUUGCUGCCCGCAAUGAGAAGGGUUAUGGCCCAGCCACACAAGUUCGGUGGCUUCAAGAAUCCAAUAAGGAUGGCUCCAUGGUAAAACCAGCCAACAAGCGGCCGCUUUCCUCCCCUGACCUGAAAACUGCUCCAAAGAAGCCCAAAGCAGAUGGGCAGUGAAGGGCGUCCCCAGCUGUCCUCUCUUCCUGCCUGCUCCACAGCCUCCGCCUGAACCCCCAGCCGGUCAGCCGCCCCCUGUGUGUGGAGGAAGAUGGAAGCACCGAAAGCACAUUUCAUACACCGUGGGGCUGGACUGUUGGGGGAGGAGAGAUACAGAGGCUCGUGCGAGGGCGCCCCAAGCCGGGCCAACCCCUGUGCCAUGCCCCAGCCUAGGAAGGGGGACAAAGGAAUGGCAUUCCUCCCCCGCCCCCUGCCCACCGCCCCAUUGACAUGGACACUGAUAUUGGGGUGGAUUUGAAAGGGGGGGACUUCUUAAUGGGGGGAGGGGGCCGUUGGGUUUUUUUACAAGUUGCAGUUACAGGAAUGAAAUUCUUUUGUAUUUCCCAGCAUCCUGUGUGUUGGAGGUGGGAGAAUUCACUCUCCCCUUCCUUCCAGUUUUUGCCUCUGUACAGACCCGCUCCCUCAGUUUAGUUUUUAGUGUCUGCGUUGGUAACGGAGAGGAGUCUCUACUGUCUGGGGAUGGAGGGGGGAAUGUGCUGUGGUCGGACCACGGAAGUCGCUAAUUUGAAAAGGGGGGGGGGGGAGGUUGCAGCUUAUUCUGCGGCAGGCAGCUGUGUUUGUGGCUUCAACCUAUCCCCUAAACAUGCAGCAGAUCCUCCCCCUCCCCCUUAAGCAGCCCAAGUCGAUCCUCCCCUCCGCUAUUCCUACUUCACCUGGCCACAAGGUGGCACACUCUAGGCAGUUAUCUUGCCAUUACUCUCCAUUGUUUUGUAUAAAACCUUUUUUUAGGAAAAAAAAAUCUAAAAAUGGUUGGGGGCAGUGCAUCCCGCUGUAUUACAGCAGGGCGACAUUGGGUGGGAGCUGUUGACAUGCAAUGCUCUCCCUAUCUGAGGCAGUGGUCUUGGGUUAUUUUUCCCUCCUGGAGGAAUACUUCCAUCCCGCUCUGGCUGCCUCUCUGGACAUUCCACCAAGAAGAGCAGGGAAAAGCAGCCAGAACGCUUAUUCUUUCCAAGUGAGGGCAGGGUAGAUGCCCUCAUAGGUGCACACUGAUCGAUGGGCCUUGCUCUCCAUUCUCAAGGAGACUGGCAGACAAAAGAGCCCCUCUCCCCAGGAAAAAAAGAGCAACCCCCAGGAGCAGAUCCGUAGCCCCAUCUCGCUCUGUUCUCUGGUCUUUUGUAUUAUAGUGUAUUUCGCUGUGUUGCCCUUUCCUGUUCAGACCGUAAAGAUUCCUCCUGCCCUUCCUAUAUCUUACCCAAUUUAUUUUCCAUUGAGACAGGAACAGCCCUCAUAGGAGUUCCCCAUAGCUGUCCACCCUGCCUCCCCCAUCCAGUGCUGCGUAUCUGUCGUUUUUGUGCUAUUUUGAACAAUUAAAGACCUUUUUUUUUU